AUGCAUCUGUCGCAGACGAAAAUGCAUAUGUGGCAGGCGAAUAUGCAUUUGUCGCCUGCGAAUAUGCAUCUGUCGCCUACGAAAAUUGUGCAUCUAUCGCCAGGAGGAAUUACUCAGGUAAAAGGGAGGAUUGAAGGACUGACUACAGGACCUCACAAUUUUCAUAUUCACGCCCUCUGCGACACCACCAACGGCUGCAAUUCCACUGUAACUUCCAAUCAUGUUGUUUUUGUAAUCAUACAAAUUGAAAAUGGUGCAACAGGUGGACAUCAACUUAGCAAGACAACCGGAAAUGCCGGUGCUAGAGUUGGAUGUGGUAUCAUUGGGCUUCAAUCAUCAGUCUAGGGUAAGCAACAGGAUUUUGCACAUUCAAGAAAAAAGAGAAUAACAACUUUGUGUAUCCCACAACCAAUCUGGCACAAUUCCCUUGUUUGUGAGUGUAACUUUAACAUUAAAUCUUUUGUAUGAAUACAUACUACUAUCUUAUCUCAACUAUGAAAGAGACAUUCUAUUGUAUAUUCACAGAUUGCAGCUAUAUUAU